CUCCGCCUCCUUCCGUGUUCCGGUUCCUGCAGCCGCCGGGCAGGAUGCGACCGGCCCCGGCUGCCCGCCCGCCGCCCGCACAGUGGCUCCCACCGCCCAGGCCGUGACGGCCGAGCUCAGACCACCAGCCCCGCAGUGCGGAUGGGAGGGGGGGCUUGGCCUGGUCCCCCCAUCUCCCUCCGCUCGCCGGCCAUGGGCAGCCAUGAGAAGGACCCGUCCUCUCCAAAAAAGGCCCUGUCACGCUCCAACAGCACCGUGUCUUCCAAGCACAGUAGCAUUCAGCAGGGCUCGGAGAGCUGGGAGGUGGUGGAGGAGCCGCGUGCGCGGGGCAGCCCGGGCCAGGAGCCGCAGCAGCACGAGGGCUACCUGCUCAAGAAGAGGAAAUGGCCCCUGAAGGGCUGGCACAAGAGGUACUUUGUGUUGGAAAAUGGCAUCCUGAAAUACGCCACCACACGCCAGGAUGUCCUCAAGGGCAAACUGCAUGGAGCCAUUGAUGUCCGUCAGUCCGUCAUGUCUGUCAACAAGAAGGCGCAGCGGGUCGACCUGGACACAGAAGAGAACAUCUACCACCUCAAGAUCAAGUCCCCAGAGCUCUUCGCCAGCUGGGUGAGCAGCCUCUGCUCACAUCACCAGGGCGAGAGGACUGAGCCCUGCCUCAGGGGGGGUCCCAUGGGGAGAACCCCCACCAAUACACAGAGCCCCUGGACGCGGAUCCUGCCCUCGGGCAGCGCCCCUGCCCUCUCCACCCUCGCCAGCUCCCGGGACAAGGUGAAUGCCUGGCUGAAGGACAGUGAGGGGCUGGAACGCUGCUCGGCCGAGCUGUCGGAGUGCCAGGCGAAGCUGCAGGAGCUGACGGGCAUGUUGCAGAGCCUGGAGGCCCUGCACCGCAUCCCCUCAGCCCCCCUCAUCUCCGGUAGCCAGCCCUCGGCUGCCACGGAGAGGCCCAAGAAGGGCAGGAGGACCACCAAGAUCUGGUGCACCCAGAGCUUCGCCAAGGACGACACCAUCGGGAGGGUGGGCCGCCUGCACGGCUCCGUCCCCAACCUCUCACGCUACCUGGAGUCGUCCCAGAGCCAGCUGCCCUUCAGCCUCCCCCCUGAGUACAGCCAGCUGCAGAGGAGCUUCUGGGUCCUGGCCCAGAAAGUGCACGGCUCGCUCAGCAGCGUGGUGGCUGCGCUGACAGCUGAGAGGGCCCGUCUGGAGGAGAUGCGGCAGGCGCUGGACCGGCGGCGCUCAGCCCCGCGCACGGGUGGUUCUGGCAACACCGGGGCUGCCCUGCGCCGCUUCCACUCCCUCUCCGUCUCCUCCGACACCACCCUGGACUCCUUCGCUUCGCUGCACCCUGAUGAGCCGGAUGCGCUGCCGGCGAAGGGCCGGGAGCAGCAGCUCUCCAACCGCAGCAUCGUCUCGCUGGCUGACUCGCACACCGAGUUCUUCGACGCCUGCGAAGUCAUCCUCUCCGCCAGCUCCUCUGAGAACGAGCCCUCGGACGACGAGUCUUGCAUCAGCGAGGCCACCACCAGCGCCUGCGAGGACGCGGCCGAGCCGGGGGGGGCGGGCCGCCCCCCGACAGGUACGGAACUGGGGGGACCGCCGUGUGGUGGGUGGGGGCCGCGGCUGCACCCCACCGCCCGGUGCCCGGCAGGAGCGGAGGGCCCGGGGAUGCCCGUGGAACCGCCGCCGUUGGAGCUGCCGGGACCGGACCCGCAGCGGCGGAGCUGCCUGCCCGCCCCCCCCGCGCCGCCGGGAGACGUGAGCCUGUGGGGGCUGUUGCGGAGCAGCGUGGGGAAGGACCUGUCACGCGUGGCGCUGCCCGUGCAGCUCAACGAGCCCCUCAACACGCUCCAGCGCCUUUGCGAGGAGCUGGAGUACAGCGCGCUGCUGGACCGCGCCAGCCGCGCCCGCGACCCCCGCCAGCGCCUGGUCUACGUGGCUGCCUUCGCCGUGUCCGCCUACGCCUCCACCUACUACCGGGCGGGCAGCAAGCCCUUCAACCCGGUGCUGGGCGAGACCUACGAGUGCGUGCGGCCCGACCGCGGCUUCCGCUUCAUCAGCGAGCAGGUGUGCCACCACCCCCCCAUCUCUGCCUGUCACGCCGAGUCUGACAACUUCAUCUUCUGGCAAGACAUGAGGUGGAAGAACAAAUUCUGGGGCAAGUCCCUGGAGAUCGUCCCCGUGGGCACCGUCAACGUUCAGCUGCCCAGGACUGGGGACCACUUCGAGUGGAACAAGGUGACGACGUGCAUCCACAACGUCCUCAGCGGCCCCCGCUGGAUCGAGCACUACGGGGAGGUGCUGAUCCGCAACACCCGCGACGCCUCCUACCACUGCAAGAUCACCUUCUGCAAGGCGCGGUACUGGGGCGCGGGGGCCAACGAGGUGCAGGGGGCCGUGCUGAGCCGCAGCGGGACGGUGGUGGAGCGCCUGGCCGGCAAGUGGCACGAGGGGCUGCACCGUGGGCCUGCCCCCGGGCAGUGCGUCUGGAGAGCCAACCCCAUGCCCCGUGACCACGAGAGGAACUACGGCUUCACCCAGUUUGCCCUGGAGCUGAACGAGCUCACGCCAGAGCUACGGCGGGUCCUGCCCUCCACCGACACCCGCCUGCGCCCCGAUCAGCGGUACCUGGAGGAAGGCAACGUGCCGGCAGCCGAGACGCAGAAGCGCCAGAUCGAGCAGCUGCAGCGGGACCGGCGCCGGGUGAUGGAGGAGAACAACAUCACGCACCAGGCUCGCUUCUUCAGGCGGCUGACGGACGCCAACGGCAAGGAGUCGUGGGUCACCAACAACACCUACUGGAAGCUGCGCCUGGACCCCGGCUUCGCCCACCUGGACAGCGCGGUGCUCUGGUAGCGACCCCCACCAUGGGGUGCUGAGCCCCCCCCGCUCAUCACAGCAGUGGGAGCCCAGCAGCGGGGCUGGUCCCCUCAGCACUGGGGGUGCAAAGCCCCCCCACCCCAGUGUUUUAACAAAACUGUGAUACAAACCGGGGCGGGGGGGGGCACAGACAGUGCUUCCCCCUGACCUGGGGCAGAGCCUCAGGGCUGGCUGGGGGACUUGGGGGGCCAGGGAUUGGCGGUGCCCCCCUGCCCUGGGGGCACAGGGUACCCGGGUCCCUGGCUCACUGGGGGAGGGCAGCGGGGUCCCGGGGGGCCCUGGGGUGCCUGCGGGCGGGCAGACCCCUCCAACCCCCCCAGCCGUGUGCAGGGGCUGCUCUAAUAAAGGCUGCAAGGAGCUGGGGUG